AUGUGGCUGGUGGAGUGGGCUCUCAUCAAGGUCUCCUUCCCAGACAAACAGCUCUCCAUCCCACCCCAUCCUAAUGACCAUGGCUGGGGCUGUGGAGCAGAGCAUUAGUGGGGUCUAACGAGACUUGUCUAUCCCAGGGUCAGGCCCAGAACACAGGGAGAACACAGGGAGAACAGGCCGGGCCAACCUGGUGUGUGCUGCUGAACACCAUUGCUGUUCUCUUUAUUGGCAUUCCAACUGUUCAAACACACACACACACCAGGAACAGCAGAGCACAACAGAGUGAGUGUUUUCUCCACAAGAGGACCAAGGAGAGUGCCUCCACUUUUUGACCAUAAGCGAUCGAAGAGAGGAGAUUGGAGAAUAAGAGUGAGUGAGUGUUCAAGAGAGAUCGCAGACAGACACUCCUAGGAGUUUGAUAGACUAAGCACCCACCCGGGGAGUAGAAGAGGAGAGUUGCAUAUAUGCUGGAAGGGCUUGAAAGGUUUGGCAAGAGAAAGGAGGAGAAAGAUUAGCCCGACUGACAGCUCCAUUAGAGACUCAACCUGGGCUUUGAUCAUUUCCUGAGCCCCCCUCCACUGCUACACAGCUCAGUACAGCUCAGUCACAAACACACACACACACACACACUGUGUGUUUGAACACACAGCUCAGUAGACGCAGGCAGCAAGCACCAGAAGCCACACACAGCAAAUCUGACAGGCUCCGGCCCGCUGAAUUGGCCCCGGCUUCACUGUGAUCAAAGCUACACUCUCUGAUGGCUCAGGCCCCCAUCUGUCUCCCCAUAACACUGAGGCUGCCACAGCACACACUACACAGUCUGCUCUUUAUACACUAGGGAGAGAGGGGAGGUAGAGAGAGAGCGAGAGAGAGCGAGAGAGGUAGAGAGAGAAAGGGAGAGAGAGAGAGGGAGAGAGAUGGAGAAAGAAAGAAAGAAAGAGAGAGAAAGGGGGAAAGAGAGAGAUAAGGGGAAAGAGAGAGCAGGAGGGAGGGGGAGAGAGAGAGAGGUAGAGAGGAGAGGAGAGAUGAGAGAGAGAGAGAGCGAGAGAGAGAGAGAGAGGGGAAAGUGAUAGAGAGCGGGAGGGGGAGAGAGAGAGUUGGGGGAAAGAGAGAGAGAGAGGGAGAUGGGGGAGAGAGAGCGAUAGAGAGAGAGGGGGGGGGGGGAGACUGUCACUGAGUGAAUGUGAAUAUUUGUUUCUCCCAGUUUUACAGUAUGUAGGAGUUAAGAGACAAAAGAGCUUAUUUGAUGUUUGUUUGUUCCUGUCAAAUUCAUCUUACUUCACUGGGUAUCUGAGCAACACCAUAAUACCUUGUACCAGCAACUCUACUGGAGUGUCAGCUGUGAUCACUGUUAAAAUUAACUCUAUAGAACGGGCACAAAAGUAUGAAUACAUACACAGAGCAUAUCAAAUACAUGCAUGACGUACACAUGCAUGCACACACACACAAACAUACACAAACACACGGAGGGUAGUGAACAGUAUACAUCACACACACUCAUUGGAGGCCUGCCUUAAUCUGGCCCUAUUACAAGGCUAAUGUGUGAAAGGUGAAAAGUCAUGGAGUAGAGCAGUGAUGCUGGCAACCACCCCAUUAUAACUGCCAGACUGACCCCUGACCCCUAACACUCUCCAAGUUCCUGACACCACACUGCAAAUCUGCUUCAGGUCAUUACCACGAUAACCCUCCUUUGAUAAAGAUAUCUGUUGUGAGCUGUAGAGUGGAUAUUCCCUCCAUACCAGUGGAUGUUCCCUCCAAACCAGUGGAUAGUCCCUCCAAACCAGUGGAUAGUCCCUCCAAACCAGUGGAUAGUUCCUCCAAACCAGUGGAUAGUCCCUCCAAACCAGUGGAUAGUCCUUCCAAACCAGUGGACAUUUCCUCCAAACCAGUGGAUGUUCCCUCCAAGCCAGUGGAUAUUCCCUCCAAGCCAGUGGAUAUUCCCUCCAAACCAGUGGAUAUUCCCUCCAAACCAGUGGAUAUUCCCUCCAAAGCAGUGGAUGUUCCCUCCAAGCCAGGGAAUGUUCCCUCCAAACCAGUAGAUAUUCCCUCCAAACCAGUGGAUAUUCCCUCCAAACCAGUGGAUAUUCCCUCCAAACCAGUGGAUAUUCCCUGUAAACUAGAGCAUGGAUAUUCCCUCCAAGCCAGUGGAUAA